AGUGUACCAUGGAGGAUCAGAACAAGGCAGAGAACACAUUCAGUGCAGAUGAAGCCAGCUCCAUUGUAAAAGAGUGUUUAGAUGUCAUCCUGGGUGGAGUGGAUUACGAUGAAGGUCGAGUCAAUGAGUGGAUGUCUGCUGUAGUGGAACAGUCACUAACCCAUCUAGUAAAGUUGGAAAAAACCUUUAAGUAUAUUGUAACCUGUACAGUUAUGCAAAAACGAGGCGGUGGUCUUCACUCAGCAACCUCCUCCUUCUGGGAUAACACCACUGAUGGGAGUUGCACAGUGAGGUGGGAAAAUCGGACCAUGUAUUGCAUCGUGAAUGUAUUUGCUGUUGCUAUACAACUGUAACCGAUUGCAGGAAAAUGUUGUACUCUUUUGCACGCUUCUAAUGCUUAAAAAAACAGGAACGAGGACUCUUACAAGGAUAUCCAAUAAUCUGUAUUACCAAACCUCAGCAGCUUAGCUGUCUAUUUUAAAGGCAGAAUAAAGCAGAAUUGAAACUGUACACCUGAAAUGUAAGUCUGGUAGAAAGGAGACACGGCCUUUCCCUGCCAUAUAAUCUAUCAUUGAUAUUUUGAAAACUGUUUUAUGAUAAUAAUAAUACUCAUCCUCAGGAAUACAAAUGAGAAACUUAAAGGGUCCCAGAAACCCAUUGGACUGGUUUUUAAAAAAUAGCAGAG